AUGGAUUCAACACCUAUCCCAAUGUGCGACACCUGUGCUGAAGAAUACCCUUACAUGGAUUCAACAUCUCAUCCAACAUGUGAAGCCUGCCUAUAUGACGACGCGAUCAAAUCAACCAACGAUCCUAGUGCUGUACCUCCCUUGAAGUACUGUAAGGAUGGCUGUGGGAUCAAGUUGGGUCGAAAAGCUGGUACAAUGUGUGGGGGCUGUAAGCGAAAAACUGAGGGACAUCAUCAAAUUACGCAAUCCAAUUCUCAGCAUAGAACACAAUCCACUGGUAGCUCAAUUAGUGUACCGUUUCUUGUGGAUGAUGUUGAUCCAGCCAGAAUCUCAUCAAUUCGAUCAACAUUCCAGAUCCCUCAGCUCUCAUUAAGUCGACCUGAUUCCAUGAGCACUAGUACCCCUGGAUCGUCUUCACAAUCUCUUUUUUCGCGUCCGAUUGCACCUAUUCCCCCAGUUCGACAAAAGAAACGACCAGCAGAACACCCACUUCAAUCACAACCCAUGUUACUUGGAUAUGCACAAGAUCGAGCUUAUCAACAUGGAGAAGAAGCUUCCAAAAGGAUCCGUAUGGAACGCAUUGGGGAGAACAAGCUUCACCACCGAGACUUCAGCUGCACCUGCUUUGAAACAGAUGUAGUCAAGCUCAAGUAUAACGCUCACCAUGGUCCCAAGUCACAUGGCAUCCCAGAUCAUACUCAUGAUGUUGAUUUCUCUGAUCAAGACUGGGAGAUCAAAAUCAUGCGGACUGCUACAGAACACUUCCGUCAAAACUCAGUUGGGAUAUUUCCACCUGGGAACCAAAACAUCGACCUCAAUACCUACCCUGCACUCCCAUCCUUCGACUCUGCUUAUUACUCUCUCGGUAUUGGUACUGGAAUCCUUUCUGGAGAUCGCCUGAAGCAAAAAAUCAUAGCUCCUAUUCAGCCUGGUAAACGGGCCCCCAGAGGUCCCCUGGCACUCUCUCUAUUCUUUGCAGCUGCGACCUACUUGGCUGCUGUCAAUCUGCCAAGUCCUCCAAGCUCCGAUGUUAAUACUGAUUCUGAAGGUGAAGAUGACCCGUCAGAGGCAGCGCACAUCUCGCCUAUUCAGCUGCCAACAACUUCUUCCAGCGUUGUUACUGUCAUUGACCGGCCAACAAACGGUUUUGUGAAUAGUCCAAUCAUCAACACUCAAAAUUGGACCAGUUCCAUAUCAAGAAGUGUAUCGCUAGCUAUCAAGCGCAUUCAUCAGCUUGCUGAUCAAGGCAUCGAUCCUCUCAAAGUACCCAACUCCUCGGUGGUGGCUGCCCAAGAUCCAUAUGACAUUGCCAGUACACCUUUCCCUCAAGAAAUCGGCACUCCUCUCCCUGACGGUCAUCCUGCUCGCAACGGUCAAAUUAUCACAACUAUCUCAUGGAGUGAUGCUCUACAAUUACGGCUUGGAAUAGGACUUCAGAUUGCAUUAUAUGGUUGUUCUUUGAUUCGAACAUUUGGAUGUAUCUUGCCAAGUGUUGACAGCUUGGCAAGACCAAUGAAGAGUGACAUCCCUUGGACGAACGUUAUCCUCAUGGCUCUUGCAAGACCCAACAUUCAGUCUACCCCAGAAGCGAUCUCCCAACCUCUUGUUUUUGGUCAGUGGGAGGCUUUGGCAGAAGUGAAAAGGAUGAGUUCAUGGCAGAAAGUUGAAAAGGAUGGAAGUUCAUUGGCGAAGGGAAAAGGCACCGCGCUUUUAGGGCAUAGACAAUUGCAGAUCAUCACUGAAGAAUCUGGUGAUCAAGCCACCUACCUUCAAGACUCGAUCGCUUACCAUCAAGCCUCAUGCCUUCUUGAAGAAUUCAAACUUGCAGUGUUUGUGAAAUAUGGAGUUACAAUUGCUCAGAAGAAGAUUUUGAACUCUUUACAGGUUGUUUUCAAUAUGGUCAUGAUCCAGAAUUGUGAUCCUUAUAAAAUCGAAGAGCUCCUUGAGCAUUCACCUGAAGCAAUGUCAACCACCAUCGAUAAGGCCCUGAACGCACCAACGUCUUUAUUAUUAGAUGCUUUAAAUGCAUUUGUACAUUACACUUAUGAUUACUUCAAAGGGCAAGCACUUCUUUGCGAUAUCAAGACAGUCAAUGGUCGCUUGACUGGUAUGCGCAUGUUUGAUCGAAGGUUUCAGUGGUCUCCAAGCGAUGAAUCACCUGAUGAGAUUGACACCUUCAAACUGGGGCAUCAAUGUGGUGAAUUCUGUAAUGUUCUCAAAUUGCCAUCGCCCGACUUCAAGUAUCCUACAAGUGAUGAUAGGGCUGAAGGUGGAGAAGAGGUGGCUAUCGAUCCAGUUCUUGAAUCACUUGAACAUAUCCACCCAAAGCAGUCAGAGGCUGAGCAUGAUACCCUUCCAUCUGAUGAUUUAGGGAUUGAUACUCACUCCUAA